AUGGUCGCAGGUGUUCAGAUUCACUCAAAGGCCGCCGAAAAGGCCCAGUCCGUUAUUCUCACCGAGGAGGCUCUCCAGUUCCUCGCUGCUCUUCACCGUACCUUCGAGUCGACCAGGCAGUCCCUUCUCGUCGCUCGCCAGGAUGCCCAGCGCAAGUAUGAUGCUGGCGUUUCUCUCGAUUUCCAUCCAGAGACUGCGCAUAUACGCGAGGAGCCUUCAUGGCACUGCGUGCCCCCGGCACCAGGUCUCGAAGACAGAAGGGUAGAAAUCACCGGCCCAACUGACCGCAAGAUGGUCAUCAACGCGCUUAACAGCGGUGCCAAGACGUUCAUGGCGGAUUUCGAAGACUCGAGCUCCCCGACCUUCGCGAAUAUGGUCAACGGUCAACUCAACUUGCGUGAUGCCGUCAGAAGGCAGAUUGAUUUCGAGUCCAAUGGAAAGGCGUACAAGCUUGGCGAGAAGAUAGCAACUCUCAUUGUCCGUCCGCGAGGAUGGCACUUGGACGAGCCCCGUGUGACCGUUGACAAUGCUCCCGUCUCCGGCUCUAUUUUCGAUUUCGCUCUCUACUUCUUCCACAAUGCCAAAGAGCUCGUCAAGCGCGGCUCUGGUCCUUACUUCUACCUUCCCAAAAUGGAGCACUACCUCGAGGCAAGGCUCUGGAACGACGUUUUCCUCUUCUCCCAAUCCUACAUUGGCAUCCCACACAACACCGUACGCGCCACCGUUCUCAUCGAAACCAUCCCCGCCGCGUUCCAAAUGGAGGAGAUUCUGUUCGAAUUGAGGAACCACUCUUCUGGACUUAACUGUGGAAGAUGGGAUUAUAUUUUCAGCUUCAUCAAGAAGCGCCGUGCUGACCGCAAGGCCAUCCUUCCCGAUCGAAAGGACGUGACGAUGACCGUGGGCUUCAUGGAUGCAUACGUCCGCCUAUUGAUCCAGACUUGCCAUAAGCGAAAGGUUGCUGCUAUGGGUGGAAUGUCUGCUCAAAUCCCCAUCAAAGACGACCCCAAGGCCAACGAAAUUGCUAUGGAGAAGGUUACCGCUGGACAUGACGGAACAUGGAUCGCCCACCCUCUGAUCAACAAGAUUGCCAUGGAAUAUCACGUUCGCCGCGAGGAAGUUCCGUGUUGCCUGCCGCCGACCUUCUUCAACACCAACGUUCCCGGAGAGAUUCACUACCGAAGGUGUUCGUUCCAACAUUACUACCUUCGUUGGCCUACACCGCCGCCUGGAUCGGCGGUAACGGCUUGUAUCCCCUUCAACUACCUCAUGGAGGACGCUGCAACCGCCGAGAUCACUCGUGUUCAACUGUGGCAAUGGGUAAAGUACCAAUCCCGGUUGGACACCGGUGAGCUGAUCACCAAGGAGUUGAUUGAUGCCUGGGUGGAUGAGCUUGCUCCUGGGAUCAAGAAGUUGGCUCCUGGAGAUUAUUUGAAGCACCAAGUCCGAUCUGAAUGGCCAAGCGAGUUCUUGACGAGCGACUUGAUGCCAUAUCUUGCUACGAGGGACGGUGUUGAGGCCAAGUUUGUGAAGGCGGCGCUGUAA